GCGGCCAACACCUCCAGGCAGAUCCGCCAGGAGCGCGAAGACCACAGGGCCAAGCUGGGGGAGGACCGCGGCAGCAUCGACAAGGACGUGGCGCACGGCCGCAGGCGCUUCACGCUCGAGCGGGAGAAGUUCCGCUCGGAGUACGAGAUCGCGGAGCGAGAGCGCCAGCGAAUCUCGGACCACAACGUGGCGACCGAGACCAUGGUCGACCUCAACGUUGGCGGCGUCAUCUUCGAGGCCGCCAGGCACACGUGCACGCAGCAGCCGGGCAGCCUGCUGGAGAGGCUGCUGACGGGCCGCGCCAGCGCUCCCCGCGACCGCGACGGGCGCAUCUUCCUGGACCGAGACUCGAACCUCUUCCGCAUGAUUCUGAACUUCCUGCGGGAGCCAGCGCAGCCCCCGCCGGCCCCAGAUCCCUCGACGUCCGAGGCCUUGUGUGCGGAGGCGCGCGCCGGCCCCGCCCCGAAGGGAUCGAGGAGGGUCGAGGAGGAUCGAGGGUCGAGGGUCGAUGAGCAUCGAGGACCCCUUCCCUUCCUCCUCCUUCUCCUCCUCCCCGUCCUUGUCGUCGUCGUCGUCGUCGUCCUCCUCCUCCUCCUCCUCCUCGUCGGCCUCCUCCUCCUCCACCUCCUCCUCCUCUUCCUCCUCCUCC